AUGGCACAUGAUUGUCACUAUGACGACGUCACGUUGGCAGACUCGAAGCAACCGAAUGCAAAAUGGAGUUAUCGGUGUGCCGGCAUUUUUCCUCAGUGCAGUGUCAAGUACGACGUUGUUUGCACGUACCGAUCAACAUCCUUCCGCUCUUCAAAGAUCCUACAAAUACUGCGUUUGUCUAGCAAUGUUGGGCGUGGCUGGGUCACUAACAAUUACCAGUAUAGCUCUGCGCACCGGGGACAAGGCUCGAUACUGUUGGGUGGUGUAGCUAUCGAUCUCAAGUUUCUCGCUUGUUGUAUCUUAGUCCUUGCAGCCGCGUGGAUAUUUCGUCUGGUGUGGCUUCGUAUCCAACAGAAGAAGCUUCAAGACUCGUAUCGGUAUUUCCUAGCACCGACACCUGUACCGUACUCGGCCGAAGUGUUGUGGCUUACUGCAAGCAUCUGCGUACGCUGCGUGAGCAGCUUGUACUGUAUUCUGGACGAGCGCAGACGAAUCCAACAAAAACUCCGUAAAGAGGUUGUUUAUGAACAUUUCUCGCGGAGCUUCCGGCUGCUGGGAUGGAGCAAAUUCAAUGGAGUAGUCGUUUCGUCUGCUCCUCAACCUCCUUCUGACCGAAAAAGGGCAAAUUUACUAUAA